CUGCCCCUGGGCGAGUUGGGGUUCCUGUCCACCAUGGAGCUGGUGGCAGCUAUGCCUGAGGUGGUCACAGUGUGCCCCCAUGGCAAAGACGCCUUUAUCCUCAAAGCUGUUGCAGAUGAGACCACCAAAGAUAUUGCCAAGCUGAUAUCCAAACAAAGGACGAGUGUGAAGGCCCGGAGUGCUGCACCAAGGGCCAAUGGUUUCCAUUGCUCCAGGAAUCAGCAGAGGCUCCCUCGGCGGGGCAGGACUCCUCCUGUCCUGCCAGCAGCGGUGAAGAGCGAGCUGAAGGACCUGCUGAGUUCCUCCCCGGUUCUGCUCUCAGACUUCAAUAAGGCCUUCUCCAGGCGCUUUGGCCGGGCAUUCAAAUACAUGCAGUAUGGGUUUUUUUCCAUGCUUGAAGUGCUCAGGAGUGUGUCUGAUAUAAUUGCAAUCGAACAGUCAAGAGCAGGUUCUUUGCUGACCCUGAAGAAGAACUCCUCAACUGAAGAGCAGCAGGAAAAGGCACUGCAGGCCCCUGCAGUUGAGAUACCUCCUCCAGAACUCAGCUGUGACACAGAAAGCUUCCAUCAGGCUACAGAAAAGAAGUCAGAACCAGAGGAAUCACAAGCAGUGGAUUGUGGUGAUAAACUGAAACAAUUGGAGAAAGACUUUAAGAUAAUGCUGUAUAAAAAAGGAGCUGGAGAGACAGUAAGCUUGGCCCUCAAGGAAAAAAUUCGAACUGUGGUAGCCAAGUAUCCUGAUGGUUUACUUGUUUCCAAGCUACAUCGUGAGUUUGAGGCACAUUUUAAAGAGAAUCUCUCUGUGGGGAAGCUUGGCUUUGUGGAUAUGUUGGAGUUUGUGUGCAGCCUCCAUGAUGUCCUCCAUGUUGAGCGCAGGGAAGAUGAGCAAGACUGGCUGGUGUUUGACCUCAAAUCCAGGUGCUUCACAGAGGAUGAGCGGUCACCAUGUGAGGGCUCCUGGUGUUGGUCACUGCCCCCUCCUGCUGACGACGUCUCCCAGGACUCCUUUCCCGGAAAGCCUGAGGAUGUGGACCCGAAGCACAGCAACAAGUUCAACGUGGUCACAAAGUCACCACCCCGAGCUUUGGAGUGUUCCCUGCUAGCCGUGGAGGUGACAACUUCAGAAAUCCCCCCAGAUGCUGUUCAAAGUGAGAGCCUUUGUCGCUUGCCACCUCUGGAGAGAAGCUGCUUGGUGGGAGUCUUUGUGGAGUUCAUCAUCUCUCCUAGCCAGUUCUACAUCCAGGUCUGCAGCAGGGAGACAUCUGAUAAGCUGCAAGAUCUGAUGAUUGAGAUGAGACGCUGUUACUCAAAUAAAAUGAUUUCUGAUCGUUACGUCAUGCCCGAGUCCUCGGUGCAGCCUGGGCAGCUUUGCUGUGUCAUGAUAUCCGAGGACAAAUGGUGGUACCGGGUUAUCGUCCACCGUGUGCUCAGUGAGCAUGACGUGGAGGUUUUCUAUGCGGAUUUUGGAAACCUGGGCACUGUUCCAAGGUCUUGCCUGAGAUUCCUCAAGUGGUGCUACUUGAAGCUCCCUGCUCAGGCAAUCCCGUGUUCCUUGGCAUGGGUGAAACCUGUGGAGGGUACGUGGACUGAUGCAGCAACCCUCCAAUUCCGGAGGCUGUGUGGCUCGAAGCUGCUUGUGGGAAUCGUGGAUGAAUAUGUGGAUGACAUUUUGCAUCUCUUCCUGUGUGACACAUCCUCUGAGGGAGAUAUCUACUUCCACAAUGUCUUGAAGAGUGAAGGACAUGCAGAGAUCUGCAGAGAAAACAUCCCUUCCCAGGGGUUCCAGGAACUAAAUCCAUUGGCCUUGUACGUCCAGCCCGGUGCAAAGCAGGAGAAUGCUGAUGUGGUGGAGCCUGACCUUCCCUUGCAGCAGCAACCUCUAGGUGCAAAGAAGGGAAUAGCAAGUUCAAGACUCGAUGAGGAUAAAGUGAAGAACAAAGAGCUCCCUGAGACGGAUGCAGUCGUCCUUGGCACUGCCAGUAGACUGGCUGACCAGGAGGCCCAUCAGAAGCUCUAUGUUCCUCCUACCGCACCCUCUGCAACACUGGGAGCUGCUGCACGCCUGGCUGCUUCCAGUGGUCUCUUCCAGUGGUUUCCAAGCCUGAGAAAGGAGGCGUGAAGAGAGGGAAGAAGUUGUAGCUAAAGCAGCUGCCG